UUUGUUAUUUUGAAUCGAACGCACCUCAUACACCAAUGUCGAUAUGAAAUUGAAUAUGGCGGACAAAAAUAACAAGGGCGCUAAAAGAUUAUUUUCGUUAUUUAAUAUAAUUUCAGUUCAGUGAUUAUAAAACUAUUAUUACUAGUGAUAUUUAGAAAUUUAUUUAAUCUAAGCUGUAAAUAAUACCUAUCCAAAAUGUCGGCAGUUAGAGUAAAUAUAGAAAUCGGACAUGAAGCUUCAUUGAAAUCUAAGAAAACCUCUGAAGGCUUCACUCAUGAUUGGGAAAUUUUCGUGCGCGGUCAAGAAGGCGCUGAGAUCAGUCACUUCGUCGAAAAAGUGGUUUUUAAACUACAUGAAACGUUUCAAAAACCAAGACGAGUUGUAAAAGAACCUCCUUUUUCUAUUAAAGAGUCUGGCUAUGCAGGAUUUAAUCUACCAAUUGAACUAUAUUUAAAAAAUAAAGACGAACCUAAGAAAAUAACUUUUAUUUAUGAUUUGACACUACAGCAUGGUGGAUUUUUAAAAGAUAGAUAUAUUUUUGAAAAUCCUAAUGAAGAGUUUAAGCGAAGACUUUUAAAAGGAGGUGGAAUGAUUGUUGACAAAAAUGCUUUUUACACCAAUCCCGACCAAGAGAGUAGAAGUAGAGAUUCAUUUACUGAUGAAAAGCCACAACUUGUCAGUAAACCUAAGUUAUCAUCAGAUAAUAACAAGAAACAUAAAUCAAAAGAGUACAAAGAAGAACCUAAAACUAGCAGUUUUGAAAACUUAUUUGGGCCACUUAUUAGGAAACCACCAAAAGUGUCACCAGAUCCUAAAAAACUUGAGAAGAAUUUGAUAUUGGCAAAAUCAGAUAAAAAAGAUAAAGAAAGGUCAAGCUCUGAUAAGAAAACAAAACAUGAACAUAAAGAAGCAAAAUCUGAUAAGUUAAACAUUAAAGAAGAAAAACAAAAAAUUGAAAAAUCUAAAAAUCAUAACAGAGAACAGGAGAGGAUUAAAGAGAAGGCAUCUAAAAGACAAAGUGAAAGGCCACCAUCUCCUGAACCACCAAAGAAAAAAUGUCCAACUCCAAACAGAAAAGUUCCGAGUCCUGUGCCUAGAUCUAGUAGUGCAUCUAGUAUGAAAGAAGAAUAUAAACCAUCAAAACAUAUUGCUGAAAACUUUGAACAAAAGAAAAUAAAAUCUGAUGAAAGAAUACCCGAGAUUAAAAUAGAAAAAGAUACAAAAGAAAAAAAGAAAAAAGAAAAGAAGAGCCAUGAUAGAGAUAAAGAAAGAAAAGAAAAGAAAGAUCAUAAGAAAGAAAGUCACAAAAACAAAGAUUCUCCGAAAGAGCCAUUAAAAGAAUUAGUUAAAGAAGUAACAAAACCUAGAGAAAUAGUUAAAGAAAAAGAAUUAAAUAAAAAUUCUCCUAUAAAAGAAAAAUUAUUAAAACCAGAAAAAACGAAAGAAAACUUGCGAAAAUCUCCUCAGUUAGAUAUUCCUGAGCGUCAUGAAAAUCACAAGUCUAAAGAUAGAGGCGAGCCAGAAAGGAAACAUAAGCACAAGAAAAAAGACAAAAAAAGAGAUGAAUCUAAGGAAAAGCACAAAGAAUCUAGCAAAGAUAGAAAGCAAAAACAUGAAAAAGUUCGGGAUAUAGCAAUUGAAAAACCUGAAGUUAUAGAACUCCGGGAAACUCCAAUACAAAAAGAGCGAGCUCUACCUGAGCCAGCUUCCCCUAUAUCUAUAGAUACUGCAUCUCAGUGUAGUUCUAAAAGUGGCCUUAAUAAAGUUCUUCUUAUUGGAACAGAAGAUAUUAACAGCAGCCAUUCAGAUUCCGAAGGUUCUAUGAUAGCAGAUGAGGAAGAUAUGAAAGUAAAAGUGGAAAAUCCGUCACCAAAGCUUGUCAAACGAGAACCUUCUCCAGAACCUGAACCAGAGCCUGAGCCGGAGCCUGAAAUUGAACCAGAACCUGAGCGAAUAGUUGAAGUACCUCCAGUACAACCAAAAGAAAAAUCAAAAAAACAUAAGGACAAAUCUAAAAGAGAAGAAAAACGACGGAAAAGAAAAGCUGCUGUGGAAGAAGAUGCAGAGAACAGAAAAAUUGCUAAGGCUGCUGAUUCGGGACCCUCUAAUAAUGAAACUGAACAUGGAGAAAGCAGUGGUUCUUUAUCAAUAGAGACCAAAGUACAAGACAAUGGAGUCUCAAGUAGUUUGGGUGAAGAUGCUGAGCCAGGAGAUUUAUCACCUGACUACAUGGUACAAUUGAGAGGUUUGCAGCAACGCAUAAUGACAAUUAAAAACAAUGAAGAUCUUGAAAGGGUUGUGAAUCUCAUAGCAGAGACCGGCAGAUAUGAAGUAACUACUCAAACAUUUGAUUUUGAUCUAUGUUUAUUAGAUCGUUCAACAGUGCAGCAGCUAAUACAGCUUGUGGGUUGCUAGCCAUCAAAAGUGGACCUUAUUAGGGCAUAUGUAAAUAUAUGGCUUAGUACGCAAUAGGACAGUUGUACAAUAUGAACUAUCAUCUACCUUAAGCAUAAGAUUGAUAAAUUUAUGAUGAUUUUGCUCUUUUAAAAACUAAAAUUGCUAUUAAAUAAAGUGCAUUUGCAUGUAGAACUACUUUUAAGCAUAAGAAAUAAUCUCAAAUGUUCUACUAUCAACUAUUUUAUGUUCUUAUAUUUUAAUGGAGUUGUAAGUGCAAUAUUGUAUAUGUAUAGGUUAUAUAAAGUUAUAAGACUGUUAAAAGAUUGUUAAAGGUGUUGUAUAUUUUGUACAUUAUAUUGUAUUGAUUUAUUAUAAUGUAAGUUAAUUA